CCCAGUACGAUUUUGUGCAUGUCAUUCGAUUAUUUCAAUAAUAGAGGCACAAAAUAGAAAUUGUUAGAAGAAAAUGAUGGGUCUUACAAGUAAAUUCCCUGAAUAUGCAGUUCCUGGCGCGAAGCAAGUUGGUUUUGAGCCAUACGCUGAUAAUGGAGGCAGCGUUGUGGCUAUUGCCGGCGAAGACUACGCUGUGAUCGGAGCCGAUACUCGUCUUAGUACUGGUUUUUCCAUCUACACGAGAGAGCAAAAGAAGUUGUUUAAGCUGUCGGACUCCACGGUACUCGGCGCGACUGGCUGCUGGUGCGACACGCUGACUCUCACACGGCUCCUGCAGGCGCGCAUGCAAAUGUACGAGCACGAGCACAAUAAGCCGAUGUCGACGCCCGCCGUCGCUCAGAUGCUAUCUACUAUGCUGUACUACAAACGUUUCUUCCCUUAUUACGUGUCCAACAUUCUCGCAGGAUUAGAUUCGGAAGGUAAGGGCUGUGUCUAUUCGUAUGAUCCCAUUGGGCACUGUGAACGCUCCAACUACCGAGCCGGAGGGUCGGCCGGCGCGCAGUUGCAGCCACUACUCGAUAAUCAAAUUGGACUGAAGAACAUGCAGAAUGUUGUGGAGGCUCCUCUGCCCAAGGAUAAAGCUUUAGCCCUUCUCAAAGAUGUUUUCAUAAGCGCUGCAGAAAGAGACAUUUACACAGGUGACUGCAUUUAUAUACUCAUGAUCACAGCUAAUGGCACCCAGGAAGAGAAGUUUGAACUCCGUAAGGAUUAGAGUUAUAAAUUGUAAUAUGGUAAUAAAAUUUUU